AUGGCUGCCAAGCGACUCAAGAUUGCCGUCCUAGACGAUUACCAACAUGCGUCUGAGAAGCACUUUGCAAAGUUCAAGGAUCAACAUGAGGUUGCUUACUUUCCAGACACUUUGCUGCCAUACAACGGCCCAGACACCCCGCAGUCGGUCAAGGAUGAGUUGGUCAAGAGACUUGAGCCCUUUAAUGUCAUUAGUACUGUAAGAGAGCGGACGCCGUUCCCUGCAGAGCUGGUGAAUCGGCUGCCCAAUCUGCAGCUUCUCACGACCCAGGCUCGCCGCAACCUGUCGUUGGAUCUCGAUGCAUUCAAGGCGCGGGGCAUCCCCGUCGCCACGGCGGUUCACGUUCAUAACACUGGGGAGAAUGCCGUCGAGAGUACAGUUGAGCAUAUCGUGACCACGAUCCUGGCACUCGCCAGAAACAUUGCCGUAGACGACGCUGCAAUGAAAGCGGGCCUGUGGCAGACCGGUCUUUGCACUUCCCUGUCCGGAAAGACUCUGGGUAUCAUCGGGCUUGGCCGUCUGGGCGGUGCUGCAGCUCGUAUUCUUCACGUUGGUUUUGGCAUGAAGGUCAUAGCCUGGAGCCAGAACCUUACUCAGGAGGCUGCCGAUGAACAAGCCAAGCACUUCAACUUGCCAGUCACAACCUCCACUGGAGAAAAGACUUUCAAGGCCGUCAGCCGCGAGGAGCUCUUCAGAACCUCUGACGUCGUCAGCCUGAACUAUGUGCUCUCGGACCGCACCCGAGGAUUCAUCACAUCCAAGGACUUUGACCUGAUGAAGCCAUCGGCCUUCUUCCACAACACGUCGAGAGGCCCGCUCGUCAACGAACAGGAUCUGCUCAACACUCUCAAGGCCGGCAAGAUUCGCGGCGCAGCGCUCGAUGUCUUUUGGCAGGAACCUCUUCCUGUGGACAGUGAAUGGAGGAGCUCUGAAUGGGGUAAGAAUGGUCGGAGUCAUUUGCUAGUCACACCGCACACCGGCUACGUUGAAGAGGCUGCCAUCAACGGCUUCUAUGAGCAGGCAGCUAGGGAUUUGCAAACCUGGAUUGACGGCAAAGAGCUGCCCCUGAGGCUUGUCUGA